AUUUAGUAUGGAGGAUUGCCUGAACUAUUUCUUAAGUGAAGAGCUUCAAUUACCGAUCAACUUUAGACCCAGUGCUUACAAACAAGAUGAAUUUGGACACUACUCAUUCCCUCUGAGUCUUGACUUCUUUGACGACUGCCCAGAAUUCUCUGAACCAAAAUUUGGAAAGGAUUUCAACUUCAGUUAUAAAUGUGAUAAACUUGUUGAAGAGAUGAACUUUCUAUUGGAAGAGGAUCGCUUGAAGUCUUUUUCAGGGAUGCUCUCUCAAGUUAGUUACUUUAAGAGUUAUAAGAACAGGAUAUGCUGCUUUUUAAGAAAAGAUCCUAGAAUAGGUGAAGCAGAAAUAUGAAACUUAAAAUUAGAUGCCGACGACCCAUUCGCUACAGGAUAUCAAGAUUUAGAAUUUGAUCAAAUGGAAGAUACAGUUAUAUCUUCUGGAGAUUUCUGUGAAGAUAAGACUGAUUCAGAACCUGAUAUGGAAUAUUCUUAUUGCAAUGCUUUCAAAAAUAGUAUUGGGAUUAAGAAUAACCAAUCAGAUUUACUCCAUGUUGAAGAAGUUGUUGAUAGUUCAGAAUUUCUUCAUCUAAAACCGAUAGGACUUGCUGAAUCUCCACUCAGGGAAAAGUAUGGACUUCCUGAAGAUUGACUGCUGAUUCCUAAAGUUCUUACAAAGGUUGAAGCAAAGCAACGGACAUUAGAACAGAUUCAAGAAAUUAUUGAUGAAUCUAGGUAUAUUUGGAUCCAACAUACUCCGGACAAUGCGAGGAGAUUGAUAUCAGGCCCUGACGAUAUCCUUGAAGAAGAAGACCUACAAGCUUAUCUCGAGGAGAUGCCUGAUUGAGAGAAGGUAUGGUCUAUUGGUCAAGUUAAAAAAUUUAAUAACAACAGCAUGAUUAUUGCUGGAGCGAAAAUUAUUCAUCAGUCUAUUAUAUGUGAUAUUAGAAGCCUCACUUCUGAAACUAUAAUUAAAAUGAGGAAAGAUCUUAUUAGAGACUCUAAUGUCCCUCCAAUUCUGAUUGAAAAUAUUAGAAGAGGAGUUGAGUUUGCUGAAGAUUAUAUCAAAGAAGAGGAAGACCGGAUUUGCAAAUCCAUUCAUAAUGUGAGUUAUGACGCUGAAGUGUUAAAAGAAUUUGAUAUCCUAGUGAGGCAAGGAAAAUUAGAAUUCUUUUACUCAUCUAACUCUAUCCAAUCUAAGCUUAGCAUCUUGCUGAGCUUAAACCCAGAGUGAAUUAGUAUUCCAUCUUCUGAUAAUACUAAAUCAAUAAAAGUUAUAUCAUUUGAUAACUUGGUGGUAUUCUACCACAAAAAUGGCGAUAGUAUCAAAGUCUUGAAGGCCAUCUGGGGAACUCACUUUAUAGAAUCAGCUAGAGUCCAUACCCCAAGCUGGGUUAAGUCAUUAGUCAAAGCUAUUGGCUUAGAAGAAUAAUUUAUUGAUAAUUUUAAUAUCUACACCCUAAAUUUACAAUUU